AUGGAAGUCCCUGGGUAUUCGCUGACGGCGCCCCUCAUCAACCGCGUCGGCAGGAAAUGGCCCACGAUCUUGGGCUGGUCUCCUCACCCCCAACAGGGGCCCUUCAUCCCCUGGGCGCCGUCGGUAAUCUUCUGCGUGUCCUCCGCCGUGGCCGGAGCAGCGCUCCUGCCGCUGCCGGAGACGCUGGGCGCCCCGAUGCCCGACACGAUCCAGGAGAUGCCCGCCGCCGGCCGCUGCGCCAAGCCCGGUCGGCGCAAGGGGAAUUCCAGUCUCUGUAUUGUGAACAAGGGAGAAGAGAUGGAGGCGAAAUGAGGAGAAAGAGGAAAAGAGCAAGAAAUGAUAAGAAGAAAUAAGAGGAAAUGAGAAAAAGGAACAAGAAACAUCGGCGAGAGAAAGAA